AGUGAAGUUUUAAAUUCAUUUAUUCAGAAAUCACCCUAAUUUAAUGGACCUAAAGAAUUGCAGCCCAACGGCCGCUAUCACUUUUUUUUUUGUUUCGGCUGCAUAAUAAACGGAUUUGUGUGAACGACCGACUUGUUUUGAACGACCGUCGCCGAUUUGUUUUCCUGCGGCUUCUUCUAAUCUAAUCUAAAACCGUCCCAACCGGGCAGUUGGGAGAAGCGCGGAGUCCAAAGCAGCGACUGAAGCUGACGCCCCUGUUCCAGGCCCAAGGGAGACUCCUCCGUCACCCUGAGGAGCGUGAGAGCGGCAAGACCCGGACGGCUGAAGGGAGGAGCCGAGCGAGAAAAAGCUCGGCGUCGGAUUGGAAAAACUUGGAAAAACCGGAGGCGGGAAGGCCGGGAGUGGAGAGACAGCCUGGGAAGGAGGCGGGACCGAGGGAGGGAAUGCAGAUGCGGGCCAGCCUUAGUCCCCUCUUCCAGCCAGUCCGCGGGGGGAGGCUCGUCCGGGGAGCUUCUUCAGAGCAGCCCAGCUUCUGCCUCGGCUUCCAGCGGAGCACUCGAGGCGGUCCAAAGGGUGCGUGGAGCUGGUGGCGGAUUUCUCAAUGACCAACUUCUCCCCCGCCAGUCUCAUUCCUGUGGCGUUGCUCGUCGGCGGCGCCGAAGCCCUCCGGUUCUCCCGCAUUUCUUUUAGAGGGCUUGGGAGAGUCCUCGGCGGCUGUCGCCUUUGCCCGGGUGAGGCGCUGUAGGGACCGGUUCUGGUCUGGAGGAGAAGGCGGGCGUGCUCCUCCUGUAGCCUCUCGGAGAAGGAUUACAUAGGCUGAAGUAUUUUGGUCUAACCCUGCCGCCGCCUCAGCAGCAGCCAUGGGACUGCAGCCUUUGGAGUUCAGCGAUUGCUACCUGGACAGCCCUUGGUUCCGGGAAAGGAUACGAGCUCAUGAAGCGGAGCUGGAGAAAACCAACAAAUUCAUCAAAGAGCUGCUCAAGGAUGGCAAGACGCUGAUCGCCGCCACCAAGAAUCUUUCAGCUGCCCAAAGAAAGUUUGCUCGUUCACUGAGAGAUUUCAGGUUUGAAUGUAUUGGUGAUGCUGAAACAGAUGAUGAAAGAUGCAUAGAUGCAUCUCUUCAUGAAUUCUCUAACUUUCUAAAAAAUUUAGAAGAACAAAGAGAAAUAAUGGCCCUAAGUGUAACCGAAACUCUUAUCAAGCCUCUGGAAAAAUUCAGAAAAGAACAACUUGGAGCAGUAAAGGAAGAAAAAAAGAGGUUUGAUAAAGAAACAGAAAAAAACUACAGUUCACUGGAAAAACAUUUAAACAUGUCAGCUAAGAAGAAAGAAGUACAAAUAUUGGAGGCAGACAAUCAAAUAGAGCAAAACAGAAAACAUUUCUAUGAGCUGUUACUUGUAUAUGUGUGUAAACUGCAAGAGAUACAAGAAAGAAAGAAAUUUGAGUUUGUAGAACCUGUCCUGUCGUUUUUUCAGGGCAUGUUCACAUUCUACCAUCAAGGUUAUGAACUUGCCAAAGAUUUUAACCAUUACAAAAUGGAUCUGCAGAUCAAUAUCCAGAAUACAAGAAAUCGUUUUGAGGGAACAAGAUCAGAAGUGGAAGACCUCAUGAACAAAAUCAAGCAAAAUCCCAAAAAACACAAAAGAGCAAAUCAAUUUGCAAUGGAAGGUUAUCUUUAUGUGCAGGAAAAAAGACCUGCACCAUUUGGUUCCAGUUGGAUAAAACAUUAUUGCAUGUAUAAGAAGGAGUCAAAGAAGUUUACUAUGUUACCUUUUGAACACAGAUCAGGAGGAAAAAGUGGUGAAUUGGAAGUCUAUCUACUUCAGAACUGUACUAAAAGGAAUACUGAUUCUAUAGAUAGGCGAUUUUGUUUUGAUAUGGAAGUAAUAGAGAGACCUGGUAUGCCUUUCACCCUGCAAGCAUUCUCAGAAGAGGACAGGAACAUGUGGUUUGAAGCCUUAGAUGGGAAGGAAACUGUGUUUCUCAAUUUGAACAAGGCUAAUACACAAAAAGAGGGAAGUGCGCAGCUAGAUAAGAUUGGAUUCACAAUUCUCAGAAAAUGCAUUAGUGCUAUCGAAAGAAGAGGUAUAAAUGAUCAAGGACUGUAUAGAGUUGUAGGGGUGAGUUCAAAAGUCCAGAGACUUCUGAAUUUGUUGAUGGAUGCAAAAACAUGUGAUGAAGUUGAUUUGGAAGGUAAUACAGAAUGGGAAGUGAAGACAAUAACAAGCACGGUGAAACAAUACUUAAGAAGCCUGCCAGAGCCCUUAAUGACGUAUGACUUACACGGAGAGUUCAUCACUCCUGCUAAAAGUGGUAGCCCUGAGUCCCGUGUUAAACUUAUCCACUCCUUGGUUCAUAAACUUCCAGAAAAGAACAAAGAAAUGCUUGAAAUUGUUGUGAAGCACUUAGCAAAUGUUUCCGAUAAUGCUAAGAAAAAUCUUAUGACUGUGGCAAAUUUAGGAGUUGUAUUUGGACCAACAUUAAUGAGGCCACAGGAAGAAACAGUGGCUGGUCUUAUGGAUCUGAAAUUUCAGAACAUUGUGGUGGAGAUCCUAAUUGAAAACCAUGAAAAGAUUUUCCACACGCUGCCUGAUGCUUAUUUCUCUGAGCCUACCCCUGUGCCAAUCUCUCCUCCAAAUGCCCCACCACGACAAUCAAGACGACAGGGGCAACGUAAUAAGAGGCCUGUUGCUGUAUAUAAUCUGUGUCUAGAGCUGGAUGAUAGUGACAAUCUUAGCCCUGCCAAAGAGUACACACGCUCAGGCAGCAUGGAUUCCCUGUCUUCUCAGUCUCCCACAACUGCUGCUCCUACCAGCCCUCAAGACACAGAAAAAAAUAAUCUCAUAACAGAUAGUGGCAAUCCAUCCAGUGAGGUUCAUUCAUCAAUGGUUUCCUGGAUAAAUCUAAAGUCAACUACAGCACAAAGUCCAUUCACAACAAACCUAUCAUUUUUAUUUCCAUCCUCUGCUACAGAAACCGAGAAACCAGUUGGAAGAAAAGCCAGGGCAGUAUAUCCAUGUGAAGCAGAGCAUAGUUCUGAGCUGUCUUUUCAAACUGGUGCAGUUUUCGAAGAUGUGCAUCUUUCACGAGAACCUGGCUGGUUAGAAGGAACUCUAAAUGGGAAGAGAGGACUCAUUCCGCAAAACUAUGUCCAGUUUCUUUAGUUUUCUUCUGAAUGCUUGGAAGGUGUACAUGGUAUCCAUGGCUAUAGAAAGAUAGACAUUGUAUAUUGCUUUUCUUGGCUUCAGAAACUUUUAAUCAGUAAAAAUUUGAGAUUAAUAUCUUAAUCUGUAUAAAGAUUUAACAGUGCAGUUGCAUGUAAUUUUAUAUGGAGUAGGAGAGAGAAAGAGAAAGAAAUUUAAUUUUAUAAAUAAUACUUUGUAAAGAUUUAGAGUUAUUUGUAUGUUUGCAUGUUUGUAAGAACUUGAAUCAAAAAGCCGUUUAAAUUGUUAUCCAAAUACCAGUUUAAAAAGAUCAUAAAACUGUUUAAUCUGCUUUUGUAUUUUAAAUUUGAGAGGUAUAAAACUUUGGAAAGUGGACUCAAAUAACUUCUUUGCAACCAAAACUGUUGGAGAAGAUUCAUAUGGCCAAUUCAUUGCGAAGGUUGUAAUUGAUCUAAAAAAGGCAAAGUUCUUCAAGCUGAGCACAAGUCCAGAUGACUUCAGGAAUGCAGCCAUGUAACUUACUUAGUAGCAGUAUGGAAGUCGGUUGCUGUUGCCUUCUGGGGAUUUAAUUUUUUAAUUUCUGCUGUAAUCUCCAAUCCAAUCUCUGAAGGACUCCAUCUGAGUACUCACCAGGCUGGAUCCAGUGUAUUAAUUGUGAAUGCCCCUUAGUUUGAAAAUGAAUAAAUCAGCUGGAAAAAAAGGAUGCAUUUAAAAUCUACAGAAGGGAUGAAUCAAAUGUAAUUUUCAAAUGUCCAAAGUAUGAAAAUAAAUCUAUAUAAAUAAUGUAGUUUCACUUAAAUGCUCACUGAAAAGUAGAUGUCAAGUAGCUAAAUUAGCAAUCUCCCUGAAGUGCUUCUUCUAUACUCUUAAGGGUUUUUUUUUUCAUGGAUGUACUAUCGCCGGCUUCCAAUCUCUCGUUCAUGUUCAAAAGAAGGUUAUUAAAGUUUUCAAUCCAAAGCUAAACCAUAUGGAAGAAUUCAUGGCAAGUAUGUUUUCUCUUUCCCUGCCUUUGCAAAUCCUUCCAGUAGAACUGAGAUGGGGAAACCUGGCCUCUCCAGUUGUUGCUGUAUUUUCACUAUCAUUCGCCUCAGGCAAUGAAUAUCAAGGUUGAUGGGGAUUAGAGUCCAUCAGGGUCUGGAGUGGUACAAGUGCUCAGUCUCAACUGUUAGGGAAAUGGCUGGACCACUCAAGUUAAUAAUGGAAUUGUAGAGCUGAAUAGCUCUCAAUAUUAGAAAACUCCUUCCAUUAAAUUAAAUUAAAGUAUUCCAGUAUUUGAGGGGCUGCCACAAAGAAGAGGGGUGAAUUUAUUUUCCAAAGCACCAGAGGCCAAGACAAGGAUGGAAACUAAACAAGGACAGAAGCAACCUGGAAUUGAGUAGAAACUUCCUAACAGGGAGAACAAUUAACCAGUGGAACAGCUUGCCUUCAGAAGCUUCAUCCCUGGAGGUUUUUAAGAUGAGACUGGACAGUCAGCUGCCUGAAAUAGUAUAGAGUCUCCUGCUUGAGCAGGGGGCUAGACUAGAAGACCUCCAAGGUCCCUUCCAGCUCCUGAUUGAAAUAUGUAUAUACUGUUGAAUGCAAAAGCUUAGGCAACACUGCAUGUUUUGAUUAACAACUAGGUGGACAAAAGUUGAUAUAACUUCUACAGGAUACAAAGUUAAGUAAGCAUUUUACUGAAAAUUUAAACACAGACUUACUAUAUAUGCAUCUUUUUACAAAUUCAAAGACAUUGAAAACUGAUUAUGGUAGGUGCAGAAGUUUGGAUGUUUUUUUCAGUCCGCACUUUGAAAUACCUCCUUCAACAGGAAAAACAUUUUUCAGAUGUAGACAACUUUAAUUUUUUUGCUUUGUGCCUCUGAAACUUAUACUACUCUUCCUUGUAGAAUUUUGUAGCUCAGAAAUUUUCUUAGGAUUUCUUACAUGCAUUGCAUGUUUGAGAACACCCUACAGAUUUUCAAUUAUAAUGAAGUCUGGAGAAUGUGAAGGUACUUGAAGAACCUUUCAUAGUAAUUUACAGUCAAUUUGAGGAUAUAUGUCAAAUAUACUACCUUAUUGAAAUAUCCAUCCUCAAUGUAGUUUCAAUUUCUUUUAUGACUGGAUAUUAUCUCCUAGAUUAUGUUGAUGGGUAGUUGAAAGUUCUAUCCUGCAAUAUUCACUGUUUUAUUAUUCUGUGUAAUCAACUACACACAAAUACUAAGCGUGCAUUCAAAUUUAUAGACCUAUAUAAUGUAUAACUUUGUACCGUGCAGAGAUUGGGUCAGCUUCUCUUCACUAAGGAUUCAUUAAAAUAUAACUUAACCAGGGUUGCCAAUUUUUUUUUAUGAUCCCCUGAGAACCAUUGAUUAAAAUGAAAUAUAAACUAUAACUUACUAUUGAUUUGAGAACUUUUUCUUUACUAUCUUCAGAAACAGUUUUUACAAGUUUCCAAUCAGUGGGUGAAAUUCAGGACUUUUUUUUCAUGUUCAAUCAAGAAGUUUUUAAGUCCUAAGGAUAAUGUAAAGGAACGGUGACCACUUAAUUCUUUUUCAUGUAGCUGUUUGUGGUAAAUCUUCUGUUGCCAGAUUUUCCGAACAAAAGAGGAAAAAUUCAGACAACUUUAUCUUUCUAUAAUAAGGUAGUGUUUAUUACCCGUAGCUAGUUUGGGCUUUUUAACAAUAAUAUAUGAAAAAAAAUUAUACUGUUCACUAUAAUAUAAAUUUCCACAUUUUAGGUACUGAUAUGACUUAAAUGCACCACUUUGUAAAGAAAAAUAGUUGGAAGUAGUAGGAUUUUGAGGACAGGAAAUUGAAACAGUGGAAAUAUUAAUUUUACAUUCUUGAAUAAUGGUUUCUACCAAUGUGUACAUCAACUGAUCUUACGUUGCAUGAUCAGUAAAUUCUUAGGGAUUUUCAACCAGAACUGUACUGUUCAGUUGAAAAAUGCUGAUUCUGAGAUAACAGUGAGUGAAUCUUUUGUGGCUGAUUUGUGAAAUGCUGCUUCAAUGAAUAAGCAGCAGUUUUCAACAUUUUGUUUGCUUAAAUUGUUUCAGAACUGACUUCUACUGCAUCUUUUGCAUCUGAGAUAAUGCAUACAUAGGCCCUAAUCUAUUACAAAUUGGAGUGUGCAUUUUCCUAGGUAUACAGUAGUGGCCAAAAUUGUGGAAACCUUUUGGGGAAAGUAUAUUUUUGAGGUUUGAUGGCUAAUAACAUCACUUUUUUUUUUUUUUUUUUUUGAGUUUCAAGAUAAUUAUAUUCCACUGUGGAAUGGCCUGGGAAUAGCCCAGACCUUAACCAAUUGAAAAUCUGUGGAGCUGACUAUAGAAACUUGUUAGUCAGGACCCACCCAGCAAUAAAACCCAGUUAAUAGAAGCAAUCAUUCAAUCUUGGUUUCACAUUGUACAGCUGCAGCACUAAAAGACUUGGUUCACUCUGUGGGAAGGUGUUGUAAGGCCAUAAUUCAUGCUAGAGGUUACCCAACUAAGUAUUAACUGACGGGAUAAUUUUUGUAUAUCUUGUUUUUUCUACGUGUUUCACUUUUCUUCUUUAUACUGUAACUGCAAUUCUAAUAGCAAAUCCUUCAUAAAAGUUAUUGCAUUACAUUCUUGAUUAAAUUAUCUCUCCAUUGAUAUAUAAUUUUAUGGUACUACUACAAAAAAAGUGGUGUUAUUAGCUUGUUUUAGAAAAUACACUUUUCCCAAAACGCUUCCACAAUUGUGGGCCACUACUGUAUGUAUACAUAACUUUGUGUAGCUUUCAAAACCAAGUCUUGACUAUAACAUGGUUGAUGGCAAAGUGCUUAUUAAGAAGAUAAUGAUAAUUUUUUAUAUAGAGUGGAUCACCACCUUCUUUGGAAUUCCGGGCCUCAGCACACUAAGACUAUGCUAUAAAUACAAUUUGGAGCAAGAACAGCAGCCAUAUCUUUUUUUCAUCUUGCAUGGAAAUCUGAAGGAAAAAAAAAACCCCACCAUGGCUGCUUUUGUCAAUAGCCGAAAGGUGCUGUGCUUGUACAGUUUCUAAAGCACUACUUUUGAAUCAUUUUUGACAUAUGCAGACUACAUAUUUUAAAAGCAGUGCUCCCUAAAAUCAGCAUGUUAAGUGUGCUACUAGAGGAGCAAACAUAUUGGACAAAGUAUAUACCAACAUUAAACAUGGCUAUAAAGUUAUACAAUUACCACAUUUGGGACAAUCAGACCAUAUGUCAUUGCUUUUAGCACCAGCAUAAAUCCCUCUUAGGAGACAGGCUCUGCCUAUAAUGAAGACAGUGAACUCUUGGCCCGAAAAUGCUUCCCAACAACUUCAGGAUUGUUUUGAGAACGCAAAUUGGGACAUCUUUUACCACCCUGACCAAGAGGAGCACACUUCAGCUGUUCUGUGCUAUAUCAAACACUGCACAGAUACUAUCACUGUGGAUAAAUGUAUUAGGAUCUAUCCCAAUCAGAAGUCCUGGAUGACCAAGGAAGUCCAGCACCUCUUGCAUGACAGGACCAAGGCCUUUAGGUCUGGUGACGGGGCAAGAUACAGUGUUGCCAGAGCUAGUCUGAAGAAAGGUAUUCGGAAGGCCAAAGACUGAUUAUAAGAGGAAGAUUGAGGAUCAUUUUUAUAGUAAUAACAUAGGCAGGUGUGGCGAGGAAGCCAACAAAUUACCAACCAUCAACUGACCAAUGUCAUCCCUGCUGAGGGGGAUGCAUGGUUGACAGAGGAGCCAUUUUGUCAUUUUGCUCGCUUUGAAGUGGAGACAUCAGAGACACCUAAAAUACAGCCACCAGUCCAUUGUAGACCCCACCUCAUUGUGGAGGAAUAGGAGAUGAGAAUCAUUCUGAGGGCUGUGGACCCUAGAAAGGCUGCUGGUCCUGACGGUAUAUCUGGCCAAGUGCUUAAAGACUGCUGAUCAAUUGGUUGGAGUCUUUACCAGGAUCUUCAGUCGGUCUUUUUCCCAGUCCACUAUUCCAUCUUGUUUGAAGGCUUCCACCAUUGUUCCGCUGCCAAAGAAGUUCCCUAUCAAUAACGUUAAUGAUUACAGACCAGUGACACUCCUAUCAUCAUGAAGUGCUUUGAGAAAAUGGUCUGCCGGCACAUCAUUUCUGGUCUUCCGCAUACAUUUGAUAAACACCAGUUUGCAUACAGAAGAAAUUGAUCUACAGAGGAUGCUAUAGCCAUCACUCUUCAUACUGCUCUGACUCAUUUGGAACAGCGGGAGGGCUAUGUGAGGAAGCUUUCUGUAGAUUUUAGCUCUGCAUUUAACACAAUACUUCCAUGUAGACUAGUGUCUAAACUUAUGGAUCUUGGGCUUUCUUAUUCAAUCUGCCUUUGGAAUAUGGAUUUCUUGUCGCUGCUCUCACAGGGUCAGAUUAGGUAAUCUCUUCAUCCUUUAUUCUUAACACUGGUACACCACAGGUUGCGUGUUGAGUCCUUUACUCUAUACUCUCUAUGUGCAUGACUGCAUUCCCACUCAUGCUAGUAAUACUAUUACUAAAUUUGAAGAUGAUACAACAGUGGUGUGACACAUCUCCCGGGGGGGGGGGAAUGAGUCUGCCUAUCGAGAUGAGGUGGACCGGUUGCUUUCGACCUUAAGACCAAGGACCACUUAUAGUGGACUAUAGAAGGAAUAGAUCAGACCUCCAGCCUUGCUUAUCAAUGGAGACCAAGUGGAGCAAGUGGCCAAUUUUAAGUUUCUGGCUGUUAUCAUAAAAGAGGACCUGAUCUGGGACACUCACAUUGCAGCACUGGUCAAAAGGGCCCAGCAGAGAUUAUACUACCUGAGACUUCUCAGGAAACAACAAUGAAAAACUGCUGGUGACCUUCUACCGCUGCACCAUAGAUGGUAUUUUACCACUUGUUUGGUUUGCCAAUUGUACAGUGGCAGAUAGGACAGCACUCCAGAGGUUAACAUCAGAGGAUCAUUGGUUGCCCUCUCCCCUCUUUGGAAGAGCUUUAUAGCUCCCGCUGCCUUAAGAAAGUUCAAAACAUUCUUAAAGAUCCAUCCCAUCCUGGGCACCCUUUUUUGGAACUAUUACCAUCUGGCAGACGGUACAGGAUAAUAAAAACAAGGACAAAUAGGCUGAAAAACAGCUUCUAUCCCAGGGCAAUAACUAUAUUGAAUUCUACUGUAUAGUGCAAAAUUAAUACAAAAUUGGGUUUUCAAUUCAAUUGUAUAGAAUGUAAAGGAUGUGUGUUUGUGUUUCUAUAGUUACAAUGUACACUGAAGAUGGCAUUUAAUUUUGUUGUACAAGAUGCGAUGACAAUAAAGUAAACUAACCUAAACAAAAACCUACAAUGAAGUAAAGGAUAUUUAAACUUGUAUCAAGAUUGUAAUAAUGAUAGCUAUAGUUCAUCCUCAAUAAAGCUGAUUACCACGCACAGAUUAGUAGGAGGUAAAUACACAUUUACUUCAUAAUCAGAAAUUGAAUCACAUGACCUGUGCAUUUUACUGGGCAUUUUACAAUAAAUCUGUGUUGUAAUGAACAUUUGGAACAUACCAAUUUUUAAAUAAAUUCUUAGGAAUACAA